UGGUGGCCCUGCGGGGAUGGCACUUUCUAACCCUCUGCUCUCCCUUCCAACCUCUUCCUCCCACGAAGCCCCACCAGAGGUUGGCAAAAUGUCGGAGGAGAGACCCCAGGAAUGUGUGAAGCCAGUGUCACUAGAGGCCAGGGAAGACCCCCAGAAACUGGGACCAGGCGCCAGGGUGAACCCCCAAGGAUUUGCAAAGCCCAGUGUCACCAACCUCCAGGGGAAAACCAGCGACUACUACCGCGUGGCAGAGAACCUGCCGGCCAGGUUCAACAACCCCUCCUGCUUCCGAGGCUACAGGAGCAAGAAGCCCGUGGCCCUGUACAGGACCAGCAACCAGACCUACGGGGGCCAGGCGCCCACCGUGCACGAGAUGCCUCAAGUAUUUUAUCCAAGUUCGAGAAAGUUUUCAUCACAGCUUACUAUUGGUGGAAUGUUCCAGAACAACGCUUUGAACGUCUAUAUGGAGAAGAGCAUUGUGACAGGUCCCGACAACUUUGUCACCUUUGACGACCGUCUUAACUUCCACCCCAGUUACAAUGCCAGCAAGCCGUCCUUCUGCUGCUGAUGGGCAGGGCCGACCCCGGCAGUGUCCCCACCCCCUGCUCUGCUACAGGCCACCUGUCAAGGCAGUGUCCCGGCCUCCUUCCCCUCAGAGUGCUUUUAUUCCCUGCGCUGGAAUCACGGGC